CACCUGGUAAAGGGGUCACGAUGAAGAAGAACCGCAGCAGCAAUCUGCGGCGGGCCUGGCCCAGCUCGGAGCUUACUGAACGCCCGCUGGAGCACAACCUCUCCCGUAGUGAGAAAGACAUCCGUGUGCCGAAGCAGCAUCUUCCUCCCCCUCCUCCUCCUCAUUUCUCUCCGUCCCCGCCAAGUUAUCGGGCACCAGGUGACGUGUCUCCGAUCAGUAUGUCACCCAUCAGCCAGUCACAAUUCAUCCCGCUGGGGGAGAUCUUGUGCCUGGCCAUCUCUGCUAUGAACUCUGCCCACAAGCCUGUCAACCAGGAGGCCCUGGUGGAGCACCUCACUGCCAGCUUCCCAGGCGUGCCUACACCAAGCUCAGAGGUUCUGCGACAUACCCUGAACAUGCUGGUGCGAGAGAGGAAGAUCUACCCAACUCCAGAGGGCUACUUCAUUGUCACUCCCCAGACCUACUUUAUAACUCCCUCCCUCAUUAGAACCAACAACAAGUGGUAUCACCUGGAUGAUCGGCUGCCAGAGCGCCAACAGCAAAUACAACAGCAACAACAUCAACAGCAACAGCAGCAACCUCAGCAAUGCACUUCGCCUCAGUCUGGCAACAUCACACCAUCCACACCUGGCUGUCUGAGAGAGAGACCUCCUCGCAAGAAUCACAAUGACUCAUACAAUUCCUAUCGCGAAGACCCCUCCAGACUUCACGCCUCUGCGCUCCAAAGUAAGUCACCAAAGGAGCACAGGGGGGAUUCCUAUCAGAGUAAGCCACCUAAGGAUCACAACAGCGGGGAACCUCCACCGAGCGCUUCAGCCAAGGAGCACCGAGGAGAACCACCUUCAUACCCCUAUCCCCCGCUUCCCACCUCCCCUCCUGUCCAGCAGCAACCACCGCCUCAAGAUCCAGCCGAUAAGAGCAAAAGCAUCACUUCUUUCCCUUAUAAAACUGACACUCUGACCAAAAAGAAAGAAGGAAGUGGUGGUGGUGGAAGUGGCGAGAAGCAAUCCAAAAGGUUUGGACUCAGGCUGUUCAGACUGAGUUUCAAGAAGGACAAAAUGCGGCAGCUGGCCACCUUCUCAGCCCAAUUCCCCCCAGAGGAGUGGCCUCUUCGUGACGAAGAUGUGCCAACCACGCCCAUUCCCCGCGAGGUGGAGAUGGAGAUUAUCCGCCGAAUCAACCCUGACCUAACAGUGGAGAAUGUGGCAAGGCACACAGCUGUGAUGAAGAGGCUGGAAGAAGAGCGUACACAGAAGAACAAGGCAGGGUCUUCGGCCCAGCACAGUGCACGCAGCAGGAGGGGGAGGGGCCACCGGAGGGCUCCACAUGGUAAGUCCCGCUCUCAUAGCAAACCCCGGACCUCUAGGGGAGACCCAUCUGAGGGUUCAAACUGGGACCUCGUGUUCAUGGAAAGAGAUUACCGCUUCUUUAGCCACUCGUUAGUUCGCUCGCCUCGGGAGGCCAUGUACACCUUGGAGCGCAGGCGAAGUGGAGGUGCAACUUACCUAGUCCACAGCAACCCCAACAUUACUGAAUCAUACUGCCCUGUUACCCCUGAGUGGGACGUGUCUGGGGAGCUAGCCAAGAGACGGACGGAGAUGCCCUUCCCCGAGCCAUCACGUGGAACUUGCCAGUCCAGAGUGCAAAGAAGUCACAGUCACAAUCAGGACCGGAAGUCACGUCACGAGAGGUCCGAUCAAGCUAAAGAACGAUCUCGAUCCAUGGACAACUCCCUCAAGGGCCUGUCACUGGGUGCGCCAGAAGACUUUGAACCCAGUCUGGAGGAGCGUAGUCAUUACUACACUGAUGACGGCACCCUGCGGGCCACGCAGAAGUCCUCCCACUACUCAAGGAUCAUGUUCUCUGCUGCUAAGUUCCACUCGGAUUUUAAUGUGCCUGAUUUGGGGAAAGGGAGUUUGGACGAGUCAAGGAUCCGGAGUACGAUGGAGAGGAACAAAAGCAGAGACAGCUUGCCAACGUACAAUGAGCUAAUGGGACUUUCUCCUAAGCCCUCAACAGAUGAGUACUUCCAGUGCAAUACGUCAAAUGAAACAAUCCUAACUGCCCCUUCGCCUCAGGCAAAAUCAGAAUAUGACACAUUAACCUCAUCAGGGGGACUCCGAAAGGGCUCUCCGGCUGACCGCCAAACGCCUCACCUCACCUCUCCUCAUACAAUGGAGUACAAAGAGGACUCGUCGGCAGCAAAGGGACAAAAUGGCUCGGUACGACUGACACCGAGCCAGACGCCGGAGCCGGUACAAAAUGCCCGUUUGACGCCACACCAACACAAUGUAGAUCCCGGAGGGGGAGGAGGCGGUAUGGUGAUCAAGAGGAAAGAAAUCUUCAGCAAGGACACUUUGUUCAAACCUCCACACAAUGCCUUGUCCACAGGCUACGUGGACAGCAGCUACACCAAGUCCGGCACAUUGCGGAAAGCCUCACAUGCCAAAUCAACAGAGGCCCUAGACAAUCCUGAGCCCCAGCAGCCUUCCAAUUCAGCCACUUCCUCAGCGUCACCUGCAGUUUUACAGAGCUGCUUAGAGCCAACAGUCCCCUCCGCCUCCUUUGACUAUUAUAAUGUAUCAGACGAUGAGGAAGAGGAAGAGGCAGAGGAGGACUCGCACAAAGAGUUGGCUACUACAGAGGACAACAAAGACCAUGGGGAAGGGGGUGGUAAUGGUGGAGGCAGUGGUGGUGGUGGGGAGGGAACCAUGCAGUGGCUCCUGGAGCGUGAGAAGGACCAUGAUCUGCAGCGGAAACUGGAGACCAAUCUGACCUUACUCAGCCCCAAGGAGACGGAGAACAGCAGCAGCCAGAAGUCAGCCCACUCUGCCCGUUUGGACAGCAUGGACAGCAGCAGUGUCACAGUGGACAGCGGAUUCAACUCCCCCAGGACACGUGAAAGCCUUGCAUCCAACACAUCCAGCAUUGUGGAAAGCAAUAGACGGCAGAAUCCAGCACUGAGCCCAGGCCACAUCGGCACCAGUAGCAUCGGACUGCCAUUCAGCUUUCGCGCCAUCCCAGAGCCCCCCACCACACAGCCUGAGAAACUCCAGAAGUCAUCAAACUGCCUGGCCUCCAUCACCAGCGUCUGACAGGCAGCAUAGACUGUGACCAUGAAGGUGGUGGAGGAGAGAGGAAGCGAGGUGUUUCACCGUUUUGGCCCUCACUUUCCUCAACCAACACACACACACACUUACACAUAAAAACCCGCACUCACACACACGUCUUCAGACUCCUGAGAAUCCAUUUACUGGGACUGUUACAAAAACAGGCAUGGCUUCAAGAGACUGUUCCCACAGCUUCAAGAACUUUACUGCAAAAAAGAGAAGAAAAACUACAGAAUAUCAAGACCACAGUAGGUGAAGAAACCUACCUGAAGUACUUUGAUUUUGGUGACAUGGACUCUAGUUUGGCUUAUAUCAAGAUUCUUGAUUAUUGGUAUUGGAAGUAGUAGACUAUAGGAUUCAAGUUACAUUUGGAAAUAUCAAAAAACUUUUUAUAUUACUUAACAAUACAUGUCCAAUUAAAUGUUCUCCUUCCUGAAACAGCGUCACGUUCUUCAGGAUGAUUCAAUGUAUCAGCACAAUGUCAAUACAAUAAAAGUUGAUCCUGAGAACAACGAAUGAAAGAUAUAAAAACAUAAAUCAGCUCAGAUUUGUGUACCGCAAUGCAAAUGAUGUAUGUAUACUCAAUACUUUUGAUAUCCUAAUUAUUAUAAUGGUGGUAUUAAAGAUGCUAUGUGACCAAAAUGAUGUUUGGACAAAAUGAGCUGCACCUCACCCUGCACCUCACCCUCACAUGCACAUCCACAAGAAAAUCUCACCGCAAGUUUAGUUUUGCAUCUGAUGCAAGGCUUAUGCUCGUAUCGAGUGAUCUUUUACUCUGUAGACUUGAGUCUGCUCAGUUGUCACGGUAUUGUAGAUGUUGUAGUGAGAUUGUUUUGUCAACUACUGUUUCCAUGGAAAUUAACGAUGAAUUUUUCACUUCUCUAUGCCUUGAAACGGUGUAGAUAUGUUGCAUUGUGGGAACUAGUAGGCGGAAUGAGUAGAUUGUGUAACCAGUUGUUACAACUGCAGUCCACUCAGCAGUCAUGGAUACUGGAAAACUUACAAUGUUUGUUCAUAUAGAUUUCAUUUUCUAUUUUCAGUAGGUAAUGGUCUCUAAUCAAUCGCUUUUGUAUUGCCGGUGUGUGAACCCAUUGUAACGUAACUUUAAAAAAUGAGACCUUCCUCGACUUUCUCAGUUGCCCACAAAAGCCCGUGGACUGAUUGAAUUUUUCUGGGAAAAUCCAGAGGAUGUGAUGUUUAUGCUUGCUCCCAAGUGCCUUGGCUCAAAGCCUCUCUUCCGCUCCCCCACAUUGCCAACAGUGUGCAACACUAGCUAACGUUAGCUUAGAAAUGGAGUCCAAAACAAAACGUCUGUUCUUUAGAAGCGGUUGCUUUGUAGAUUAUUUGUGCAUUAUCUCCAGACUAACAACCCACUCCUAUCA